AUGGCAUGGCCAGGCGGUGCUGACUUCUCGGGUCUCCAUCAAUCACCGACAUCGACACCGUUCAGUGAGGGCGUGCCGCAGCCGCUGCACCAGGUCCAACAGCAGCAACAACAGCAACAGCAACAGCAGCUCACACCCGCAUCAUCGACGACAGCAGGCCCGCCGAGGAAGAGGAAGAAGAGCGAGAUCCAAGAUGACCACAGUCCGCAGGCAGACGCAUCAGCAGGCCUGGCAAAGGCGCAUCCUGUGAAGCGCGCAUGUAACCAGUGUCGACAGCAGAAGCUACGAUGCAACAUCCAGACUAAACCAGAGUUCCAGCCGUGCGGAAGAUGCAUCAAGCACAACUUGACCUGCGCCAUCGACCCAGGCUUCAAGCGACAGGAGAAGCGACAGCGCCAUGCCGAGAUGGAGCGUGAGCUCGAGACGCUCAAGACCGAGAACGCAAACCUGCGCCUGCUUAUCACACGAGGAGGCAUGUCCAAUGGGUCAGACUCUACGCAAUCUGCCACUUUCCCGCCGCAACCACCCUACGCGACUGCGAACAAUCCCUUCCCUGGUCCCAACGAAGCAGCCGCUUCACGAUCAUUACUCGACCUGGCACAAGGCGGCAUCGACUACCCAGCACGCGAGCCAACGCUACACACGCUAGGAAGAGUGACUCUGACCGAGAACGAAGUCAUGGAUCUUGUCGGAAUCUACUUUGCGCGCUAUCAUCCUUAUCUCCCCUUGCUGUCUCCCGACACGCCCUACACAUCCUUCUUUGCAGUGUCUCCUCUAUUGCAUUGGACUAUCCUCACAAUCGCCAUGCGCCGCUAUGAAGGCCGCCCUGGUCUCUUGCAAGAGCUCCGUCGUUCCUACACAGACCUGAUGUGGUCUACAAUUGCCUCGGACCCGCAAUCCUACCACAUUGUCAAGGCCUUGGUUCUCAUUUGCACAUGGCCCAUGCCCAGCAGCUCAACAUCUCAUGACCCCAGCAUGAUGCUCUGUGGAACCAUGGUUCAACUCGCUAUGCAGUUUGGUCUGCACCGUCCUUCGCAUGCCCAAGACUUUUCACGCAAUCGCAUCGAGUUGCGUGAAGAGGAUAUUCAGGACCGCAUGCAUACUUGGGUUGCUGUGAACUUGAUAGCACAAAACACAUCCACUGGUUAUGGCAUGCCUCAAAUCUCGCGCUGGAACUGGUACACCCACGGCUUGCAUCUCGAUCGCAUCUCUGGCGCCUUCCGCAAUCGCAUCCAGAUCGAGAGAUUUGUCGACAAGGUUACACGCACAUGCUACAUCAUGCAACGAGACGAGUUUGUUGCUGGCGAUGAAGCUCAACGCUUCCUGCUUAUCGAUACUCUUGGAAGAGAGUACGAAGAGCUCGAGACAUCAUUACGUGCGAACCACGCCUCUCACAUCGAUCUACUCCACGCGCAAAUUGCAUGUCUCCAUCUUCGCCUGACCGCCUUCUUUGGCUCUCCUUCGGCUCCGACGUACAAGUCUGAUCUUGCAACAUUGUACAUCGCUGCGACAACAGUGCUCAAGUCUUUCUUGGCUCUCCCCCCCAACGUUGGAGUGCAUACUCCUGGCGGCGAGCACCUUUCAGGACCUUACCAAUGCUUCGCGACCAACUACAUGAUGCAAAUGCUCUUGGCAGCAGGCUUCACCCUAAUGAAAUUGCUCAACUCCUUCUUCGCCAACAAAGUCGAUGUGACCAGUGGAAGAACACUAUUCCUGCAAACCGUUGCCGCUCUCCGCAACCUCUCAGUCGCACCCAACGACCUCCCCCUCCGCCUCGCAGAAGUCCUCGCUCAACUCUGGCAAGCAAACGGCGGUGGCUCAACCAACAAACUCUACCCCGACUCGCCAAACUUCAUCCAAGAUCCCGAACAAUCCCUCCAACUCAAAGUCCGCUGCAGAAUGAGCAUGAGUCUGCUCUACGAUAGUGUAUGGAGAUGGAAAGACCAUGUCGGCGCUGGCGCAUCCAAGAACCUCGAUCGCGCUAUUCAGCAUCCUACUAUUCCUACUGCUAUUCCUAAUGCAGAGACUAGUGAUGCGCUGCCGCCGUCUACCAUGGCCCCUGACCAAGACUUGACACUCAGCGGUCUGGAGAAUUGGGAGAAUCUGAAUUUCGCGGCUAAUGCGCCGUUUGAUUCUUUGGGAUGGGCAUUGGAUGGGUUCUUGGAUAUGCCUGAAGGCUUCAUGGCUUAG